AUCUGUCCUCCUGACUGCAGUCUGCAUACAGUGCCACACUCUUGCUGCUGCUGCUGCUGCUGUGUGAUACGGGCAAGUGGGAGGAACAGCUUCCUGUGUUUUGACUUAAAAAAAAGAAAUGACGAGACAUCUUCCUGGAGCUGCUGCAGCAGGGGUGGAUUUGGCUUCCAGACUCCUGCAUUGCACAAUCUUUCCCCUCUGCUUGGACAGAUAAAUAAGACGGAGGAGACGGGGAGAAGCCACAGAGGAAAGGACAGGGAAGAGCCACAGUGGGGUGAGGGGGUGUGGAGGAUAAUAGAUUAAAAAAAAAGGGGGAGAGAGAGGGGGAGAGGUUGAAUGGCAAAGGAGGUAUGAGGAGAGAAAGGGAGGCAGACACAGGGAACAGAGGAUAGAGUGAGUUCCACUGCAGUAGAAUGAGGGUGAGAGUGAAAGAGAGAGCCAAGAAGCAUUCGAGCUGCCAGCCUUUCACACACCACUCAGGAUCCGUCGCUUUCUGAAGGGGCACGAAGAGGAAUCCACCGUGGAGGCGAGAAGGAGAAGGAGGAGGGGGGCAGAGGAGGAGGAAGCCAGAGGUUCUACACACAAGAUGGCUGCUGUGUCCUCUGCCUCUGACACUGGGGACCCCAGGGGCCGCCACCCCCCUGAGCGCAGACUGCUGAUCCUCGGGGGGCCCCAGUCUGGAAAGACCUCCACCGCCAACAGCAUCCUGGGCGACGAGGUCUUCGACGCUGGGACGGAGACGACUCACAGCAAUGUGGGCCAGACGGAGAUCUACGGCCGACGGGUCACUGUGGUGGACACGCCGCCGUGGGCCAUCCCCAACGACCCGGAGGACACUGGCGAAGCUGACAGCAGCGACAACGCCGCCGCAGAGUUGGACAACCCACAGCGGCCGGCGCCGAGCCUGGACAGCGAGGGGCCGUGCAUGGGGGCCAUUCUCUGCCCUCCUGGACCCCACGCCAUCCUGCUGGUGGUGUCGGUCACCCAGCCCUUCACUGACAUUGAGAGGAGAGCCGCGGAGGAGCAGCUGGGGGCGCUGGGUGGGGGGACCUGGAGGUACUCCAUGGUGGUGUUUACCGGGGUGGACAAGCUGCCGAAGGGGGUCUUCAUUGAGGAGCACAUAGCGAACACUGGAGAGGCCCUGCAGUGGCUGGUGGAGAGAUGUGGAAGCAGGUACCACGCUUUUGAUAACACUCGGAAAGACACAGAAGACAACACGCAGGUCCCCGAGCUCAUGGAGAAGGUGGAGGAAAUGAUCACUGACAACCAAGGCUGGUACUUUGAGGUGAAUGAGUUGAUUUUACUGGAGGAGGAGCAGGCCAGGAGAGCUCUGGAGGAGGAGAGGAUGAGGAUGGAGGAGCACGCCAGACAGAGGGAGCAGAUGAUCGGAGGGCCUCCCAGAGAGCUCAGACUGCUCCUGUUAGGCUGGAAGGGUGUUGGGAAGAGCUCAGUGGGGAACUCCAUCCUGGGUCGUCGGUACUUUGAGUCAGGCCAGGAGACAGAGCUGUGCCUCAGGAGGCAGGCGCUUGUGUCCGGCCGUCGGAUCACAAUUGUCGACACCCCAGGCUGGGAUUGGUUCUCAGUGAGGCGGACCCCGAAGCGUAUCCGCCAGGAGUCCCAGCGCGGGGCUGCCCUCCUGCGACCUGGACCCCAUACCCUGCUGCUAGUCCUCCCCGUCGUGUCAUCCCUCACCGCCAGGAAGAGGCGGACACUCCUGGCCCACAUAGAGACUCUGUUUGGGGACAGCGCGUGCCUCCACACCAUGGUGCUGUUCAGCUGUGGUGAUUGGCUGGGCCGCACGCCCAUCGAGGAGCACAUCCUUAGAGGAGGGAGGGAGCUGCAAAGACUACUGGAAUACUGUGGGAACUAUUACCACGUCCUGGACAGUAAGACUCCUGGCAAGGACAGGAGUGUGUCAGUCCUACUGGAUAAGAUAGAGGAGAUGAUCAGAGAGAACGGGGACAAGGCCUUCCUCCCCAUACAGACUGAGUGGUUGAGCGAGGAGAGCUCUUACUCCUCCGACAACACCGAGCCCGAGGACGACUGUCGAGGAUGCCAGCUGCAGUGACACCACCGCACUAAAAAGGCAUGUGGUCCAGCUUUUUAUCCUCAUUCUGAGUCUUUGACAGGCCCAAACACCACCUCACGUAACUUAAACCUCAUCUUGAUAUCCCAGCACCAACUCCGAAGAGUCUUAGGGGAAACAAACGGCUCGGACUGGGCGAGUCUCGACAUGAGUAGCUCUUUGUUAAAAAGACCAAACUGAUCGCUGAGCAAAACCUCGACCUGGACUGAAAGUGCAAAGACACUCUCCUCGAACCAAAAGAGGAGGAGAAAUAUUCUGCUUCUGCUUCAAGGGACCAGAGCUCGAUCCCUGUUUGUGAGCAUGUACACAACUGCUGCUAAAGAGACCCUGUUUCAACACUGCAGAGUAAAGAAUUACUCAUCAUCGUUACUAUGUUUUCAGACCGCACUGAUACAAGUUGAAAGUAUAAAAAAUGAAAAUCAAAAGAGGACAAUAUUUAGUCAGAUUUGAUGGUAGGACUUAUGUCUGCAGAACCUUUGUCAGUUUUGGUUACUGGAAGACUAAGAGUAUGUGUGACUUGUACCACAAAUUGGGGCUGGAUUUUACUAUAUAGUCAUCCCCUUCUAUAUAAAGUGCCAUUUCUGUCAUUUUCUUUGAAUCAGUUUGAACCAAAUGGGGAUUGAACCAAUCCAAAAUGUGACAAGUGCAGCAAACAUAGUGAUGUGUACUGGAAUCUGUGCACACACACGUCAAAAAAAAAAAAAAGCUUGAGUUGCUUGUGCACUCCCGUAUCAUGACAGUACACAUUCAGACAUGAGUGAUAUUAAAAUUCUCGUCAUAAACAUUUGAUUCGUUUCAGCUCAGGGAGUCGGGGCCAAAUUGCUUCCUCCGGGGCAAAUCUGGUACAUUUACAGAAAUGCUGAUUAAUGCUGAUUGCUAAACUGCAGAGUCGCAUAUUAAUUCAGAGUGGAGGGUUGUUGGGUUUUUUUUUUCUGGGAGGAUUUGCUUCAGUUUGCUGGAAGUGAAAGAGAGUUUGCACUUUGCUUGUGAUUGAUUCCUUUGGUUCUCCUGUGCUGAAAACUGAAUCCAUCCCCAGCAGUAAAUACAGUCACAACGAGCCCACCUCUGCUGUAGCAUCCGUGCUCACCUGGAGCGUGAACAGUUACAGGCCGUAUUGAAACUGUGUGCAGUCUCAGAUCCCUGCGGAGCAGCUCAGGCUGGCUCGCCGUUUUCAUGCAUCCAGUGCAUUUAUUUAUCGACAAGGUAGAUUCAGCUACGUGCCUCAGCAUCAAAGCGUGAGAGUGGGAGUACUGUGCAGCCCUGCGGCAGGGCAGUAUCCUAUAGGCUACAUCAAGCUUUCGCAUGCUACUGAAACAACAUAACCUCAUGAACCAUGGGAGCUCACUCACAUAGGGCUUUUACUACCUUUUCUACAUCAGUGAGACAUCUGUAUCUGACAUCAGCUGCGAUGUUUUUCAAAAGAUUAAAAUAUAUAUACUCAGCUCUGAGAGGCAUGUUAAGACGACGCAUGCAGAUAAACGAGUGCCUAUAGAGCUGAAGGCAACCUCACUUCUUACUCCUCUGACUCUUGCUUGAGAAAGCCUAUGUGAACCUCUGGUAACGACAUCACAUCCGUCUACCUUUUACGACUGCAAAAAAAAGAUAAAGUGUACAAAAAAAAAAUCACACUCUGAAAGGUACGAAUAAAAGCAUAUAUGAUAUAUAUGACCGACACCACUGCCAUGCUGUAAAAUCUUAUUUUCUACAAAUGAUGUAGCCUAUAAAAGAAACCCUGACACUGCGUCCCCUCUGCUUUACCGCCUCUGUGCUUCAUCUAGUGAUGUAGGCUACCGCAGCACUUUGUGUGACGAGCAUGACUUUACAAUUUGAUAUGAGGAUGUUUCAAACAUUCAUUUGGAGUCUUAGAGUCCCACCUCACUUGUGAAUAUAUUGUAUAAGUCGUGUAUAUUUACAGUGUAAGACAUGUUGCGUUGUAACGCUUUUAGCGGAGCAUUUUGCACUGUGUAAGUUCGACCACUUUACCGUGGCCAAAGUGAUGUUACUUCCUGUGUGGUCCUUCCUAAAUGGUGAUUGCAUCAUCAGUACUUUGCUCAUCCUCAGACAACAAUAAAAGAUAUGGAUAUAUUGUUGUGUA